AUGAACUCUUCUCAAUCAGCUCCGAUAUCGAUGAACAAGUUGUACAUAGGAAACCUACCGGCCAACGCCAAUAAGACGCAGAUCAAGAAGCUGUUUAUGACUCAGAACUUGUCCUGCACCAACAUCGUGGUCAACGAAGGCGGAUACGCGUUCGUGAACUGCCCAGAUCAAUCUGCGGCCGACAAGGCGAUCGACGUGCUCAACGGAUACAAGUUUAAUGGGUCGGUUUUGAUGGUGGAGCCUUCCGUGGCGUCAAGUAAAAAUUGCUACAAGUUACCCAGGAGCACUAACUAUCGUGGCUGGAAGGGACGAGAGCGAUAG